AUGUCCGCAGGUCAUCCGUACCACCGCCUUGAACUGCCUGAUGAAAUCCCAUUCGAGCUGAAGCCCUCACCAGGCAAAGGAUGGGGUGCUUUCGCCACAAGACGCAUUGACCGAGGAUCCCUGAUUUUGAGCGAAAAGCCAACCUUCGUUAUCCAGAGGUCGCAUACCGAAAUCACGGAUUAUCAUGUUACUAUUGCCUUUCAACAAUUGCUGCCCAGCCAAAAAGCACAGUUUUUACUCCUUCGCGACAAUGGGUCAGGCUGUUUUACAAGUAUGAAUGAAGCUUUCGCUGAAAACUCAUUCAACAUUGCAAAUUCAGACCACGACGAGCCCGAAGCCUAUGGCCUUUUCCCCCUGCACUCACGCUUCAAUCAUUCUUGUAUACCCAACUCGAAAAUUCCAACUAUUAGUGGAGAGGUCAUUUCAAGCUUCGCGACCAGAGACAUAGACGCUGGCGAGGAGAUCAAUUUCUGUUAUAAUCCAGAUUUCGAAGGCAGGACUAAAUAUGAGCGUCAUCAAGCCCUGCGUUUUACCUGCGAUUGCGUGGCGUGUCUACCGGGCACUCCCUUCCAACAGCUUAGCGACAUGCGACGGCGAUUGAUUCGAGGGCUUCAAUACCUUACGCAUGGCGUGGACUUGGAUGGGCAGAGACAAAGUUCGCAUGUUAUUAUUUUCGACUCUACACUGAAGUUUGUCGCAGAGACUUUCAGUAUAACUCUUUCAUCUAGGUUGAUCUACGCCCUUCUCACGAUGUUCUUUCUCGAAGAAGAGGGAUUGCUAGAUGAUUUUAUGGACGCAAGGCUAAGACCGAGCUUAACCCAAACGGUGCAAUUGUUCAAGUCAAAAAGUAAUAAAAGCAUUGCCGGGCUAGCUAUGGAACAGAAAACCUGGGUAAAGAAAUUGGAAGUGGCAUUCGAACUAUAUGGCCGAGAAGAUCCUGCCGACUAUGAGGUUACCCUAGCGCUACGACAAUUGCGUCCAUUGUUUUAA